AUAUUUAAGUAUGUCAAUCAUGUUUUCUCAAAUAUUUAGAGUAAACUGUUUUUUUUUUGAGAAAUAUAUUCUUAAAUCCUAUAUAAAAUAACCGUGCUCAGAUUGACAUUUCGGACGCCGCAUGUCAUUCUCAUGUUUGUUUAGCAAAAUGAUUGCUGUCAGGUCAGAUUAGGUUAUAGUUAUUGUUUGAGUGCUGCAAUACAUAGCAUUAAUAAACGCUGUUUAUAAAUAACCGAAAUUUUAUUUAAUCGAAUUUUAAUAGAUAAUGACAAUAUAAUGGCAAAAACAAAUGUUAAUGAAACAAUAUCAAAAUAUGAACAAUUUAUCAAUGAUGUGCUGAAAGAGGACUUGCGAAUACUUGAUUUAAAAUUACAACAUAUAAAUGCCGAAAUAUCAGAUAUGAUCCAGGAACGACAUUGCUUGAAAGUUUUAACAGACAAAAAUGAUCACCCUAAUGGUUUUAAAACUCAGGUUAACAUUGGUUGUAAUUUCUUUAUGGAAGCGUCUGUUACUGAUACAUCGAAACUUCUUAUGAAUAUCGGAUUAAAUCAUUAUUUAGAGUUGACAAUUGAAGAAGCAUAUAAAUACUUGGACGUCAGGAUAAAAGCCUUUGAAGUGAAGUCGGAGGAAUUACGCACUAAGGCUGCUGAAACAAAAGCCCACAUAAAAUUAAUGUUAUUUGGCAUUGGUGAAUUAGACAAUCAAAAAAUCGGUAAAAUCAGUUGAUUAUAUUUUUAAUGUAAAUUAAUACUGCUAUUAAUAAUAUAUGUUAAUAAAAAAUUUAA